AGAUGAAACGUCCCCUUUAAUAAUUUACCUGGGCACACCUGUUUUUUAACACAUCAGAAAAAGACGCACAAUAACAAAAGUCAAAAACCGAUUUCACAUAUUCCAUACACAUUUACAGACUUGUCAUUUGGUAAUUGCUGAAGUUGGGUGAAGAACUGUUUAACAUAAAACACCAGUAGAGCUGAGAAGUGGUCUACUGUGUGUUUGGUGGGACAGGUUAGAAGUGACAAAGAAAUACAAUGUGACUUGACUUAAAAGUAAAACCACUCACACAUAGAUUUACUUACCAUUUCACAAAGACAGAGGACAAAGUCUGGAGACUGUGAAAACUUCACCAACCAAUGUCUGAGAUCUUACCGACCACCCUGUGUCUGCUGGAAGAGGGCACCACUAAAACCAGCAGAGUGGCUGCUGAACCCCAAACUCCAACAUGGGGGGCGGAGGGAGAGAAGCUGGUGGAACAAGAAACGGUCAGCUCUGCUAAAUUUGAGCCAACCACUCUGCCAUGGUCAGCUGACAGGGAUGUGGGGAAAAUGCUGGAGAACGGAGGGACCUCAACUAAGAAAGUACUUCAGGGAAAAGGAGAGGAUGACCCUGGGAAAGAAACUAGGAGCUUGCACUCCAUGUGCUCCACCAUUCAAGGAGGAGAGAGUCGAACUGAGAGCGAGAGAGAGCUGAGGUUGGGAGAUGACGGAAGAAAAAGGGAAGAGCAGAGAGAGAUGGAGAGAGAGUUGCAGGAAUCUGAGCUGAAGAAGAGCGAGGAGAAGGGCCAGGUGGAGAUAAAGGUGGAAGAUCAUAUUAACUGUUUGCCUGAGAAGGCUGCCAAGGUGUUCGACCCAUCCAUCACCAUCCUACGCUCCUUUAGUGCUCCAACGUCUCCCAGAGGACGAGAGGCAUUUUGGGAUGUGGACACAGAGACGAGCCCCUUCCUUGCUCUCGAGGGAACACUACCCGAUGGCUACUACCGUGAUGGGCCAGUGGAGGGGAGGUCCUCACAAUGCUGCUGUGACUGUGUGAACAGGGAUGCUCUCAAAGUGGGCGUGUCUGUGUUCACAGCAGCCCUGAUAUUCCCUCUCCUGGUGUGGGGAGGUUAUGUCUUCCUGCCCUUUGAUGCCCCACUGCUGGACAGCGCCCCUCUUAGGCUGGUCUACACACUGCGCUGCUCCGUUUUUGCUGUGGUGCCCAUCGUACUGGGCUGGCUGGUGCUGGGGGUCUCCAGGAUGCGGUCGCGGGAGGUGAAGCUGCUGUGCGGGGACAAGUCGGAGGCCAGGGAGGUGGGCAUUCACCGGCGCUAUGUGGACGACUCUGUUACCCUCUUCUUGCUCUACUUCCUGCAGCUGGCCGUCAUGGCGCCAUACUUGAGCCAGGCCAUGGUCAAACUGGUGCCCCUGCUCACCAUCAUCUUUGCUUUUGGCAGGCUGACGUACUGGGUGGCAGCUGCAAUGGGCAGCAGUGUUCGGGGCUUUGGCUUUGGCCUGUCCUUCUUGCCCACCGUGGUCAUGCUUGGUGCCAACCUCUAUUUCAUCUUCACCAUGGAUGCUGAGGGCACCAUCUUCAGCCAGGACGGGGUUCAGCAGCAAGACCAAACUCCAGAUGGCCCUCGACAGAGGUUUUGGGGAUAGGAGAAGGAACAGAAGGAAAGACUGGAAAGAUGGGGGAGCAGGAUUUGUUCUAUCUGUGGUGAAAUGCAAAACUGUUACUAUGUAAGUCCUAGUGGAUGGUGCCAGUGGGAUGUGUAGAAUAACCUCAGACCGUUGAGUUGGUGUCCAAUAACGGAGCCUG